CUUCCUUAUAUCGUAAAGAAGGUUCACUUGAGUGAAUUUUAAUGUAUACUAAGCAGCAAAAUCACUUUGAACGAGACAUUCGCCCCCUUGGUACAUUAACACACAACUGGACAUUUACAUCUGAACCCUACGAUAACGAAAGGAAAGGAUCAUUAAUCGCACUCUACAUCUAUGGAUAGCAAGAAAUAUCCCAUCUUUUAUAAAAGUAUGGACGACCCUGACGACAUCCAGAAAAUUGAACAUACCAGGCGAGUACGCAGUACAGUUACGGCAAGAGUUAUAUCAAGACCAGUCCCAAGUACAUCAUCCGCAAGUAAAACCCGGGAAGUCCUGGGCACUUCUACUCGGCAGCCAAGAACACGAUAUAUUGGUGGAGUUGACAGUCGCCGCGCACAAAGUUCAUCACCAGUCCCAAGAGAUAUGCACACGGCAAUGGAUGACAAACCAUCAGCAGUUGACGAGAACCAGCCUCCAUAUCACAGUGACCUCAAACGAGCUCAAAGUGAAGGCGAUCUGCUGAACGGAGAUCCUAAACUGGCCAAGUUGCAGAAAGUUCGAAGCUUGUCGUCUUUGGAAAGACGUGUGCGGUUUAAAUCAACGAACAGCGAAGGUUAUGGCGUACCAGAUGACGAACAAGAGGAUAGAAAAAGACGAUCCAGAUCUUACGAUGAAUUAAGUUGGAAGAAACCCAACAUUGAGGUGAAAAGGAAAGUUCAACUUUUACCGCAGAAAGAACCACGAUCAAGAAGCGCGGACUCUGGUCCUCGAAAGGGGAUACUGAAGAUGAAAAGGAUCACGGAAACCAGCAGAAUCAGAAUCUCUGGAACAGCACCUGUAAGUGAUUUGAUUGAUGAAGGCAUAAUCCCUCAAGAGAAGAUCCCAACACCAGACAAACAACCUACAACACGCACCACACAGGACGAUGAGAUGGACUGGACACCAUAUCUAACAAAAUCCUCCACAAGCACUGACAGCACCACUUUACCUGAAAAACCCAAAGAGCAAGUGUUUAAACCCCCAACACGUUAUCGUGUGCAACAGGAUAUGGAAUUGGAACCUGAGGUCAAACCCAAAAGUAUGAUCUUCACAAGAAAAUGGAAAUCUGAACCGUCUUUAGUGACCGAGAAGCCACAAAGGCGUUCAGCAUCAGCUGAUCGUCUUUCCUCCAAGAAAGAAACAAAGUUGUCUGAAGUUAAAAUUGAUCUGAUAAAGCCCAUCGACCUCAAACCACUGAAACCUGCAUACUCAUUUGGUGAUCUACCCUCUCAAACAACUGUUCGUACUGAGACAAAGUUUCAUAUGAAGCCACAACGUUGGAAGAGCAACCCAGAACUGGCAACACGAGAGAAGCUCGACGAAAUACAAAGAAAACCCACACGUGAAUUUGAAACAAAAAUUGUGCGCGCUCUGCCCGUACAUUUGCACCCACUUCACCAACCAAAGCCAGCGAAAGAAACCACGACGGUUAAAACCACCGAAGUUAAAGAUGUUUCCAUGCAAUUUACAAGCUCCCGCGACACAAAAAGCGAAGGAACUCAAGUACGUCUAGAUCCUUCCCCACCGCUGACUGUUUCUACUGAACAAGCUUAUAAGAGUACACAGACCGUUGACCAACCUCCGCAGCCCAUCGUUGUUCAGUAUCAAAAAACUGAAGUGCAAGAAAAGAAGCCGAAGGUAAAACCACUUGAAGUAAAAGAUAUCAGAUCAUAUGACACAUCAGAGUACGACAUGACGAGGGAGACGAAAGAUUUGGCUAAGAAACAGGCAUCCGACAAAAUUGUCGUAGAGUACGUCAAAGAACCCCGAAAGCCAAAAGUGGAGGAAAGGAUGGAAACUAAAAUUUAUGAAGACCACACAACUCAGGUACGAUUCAGGAAAGAACUUGAUGAAAGUGAGAAAUCGAAGCAAACCAUCCAUGUUGGUCGUAUUGAUGACAUCGAAAUGGACUCCUUAACAUCAGAGGAAGAUUAUCCCGAGACACGAAGAACGGUGAAGAAGUUAAAAACAACCCAUGUUGACUACAGACGAUCUGAUAAACCAGAAGAGAUCAAACCAGGCAUACGAGAAGAACCAAAAGAACAACCUGUGCAAGUUACCUACCGUGGAGAUGAUCUAACAUACGGAAGAAUAGAGACGACCAGGAAGCUUCCUUCUACCUACAAAUCAGAGCAACCAAUGGCAGCUGAGCGCAUUACUGUUGAAGAAAUCACAUUUCCAAGAAGAGCCACUAAAGAAUCAGAAGAAAAGGAACGCCAGCGUCAACAAGGGCUUAAACGGAAGAAGGACACAAUUGAGGUGAAAUAUGAAAGACCAACCAAGCAUGUGACAAAAGUACAAAGGCAAACAACUGAAAAGGCAGAUAUUGGAAAAUUUGUCAUAGACGAAACGGUAAAAACACAGAAAGGAGUGAAACGUGAACCACAUGUAGGACGCAUUGAAGACAUAGAUGUGGAGGAAUUACCGAAAAAAAGCAGAGGUUAUCCAUUACAACAGCACAUUGGUAGUUUACUUGUGACGAGUCCUCCCAUUGAACCUAAACGAGAAGAACCGCUGAGAGAAGUUGUCAAAAAGAAAAAACCUGAAGUCCCGACGACAAAACAAGAAGUGGUCGCGACCAGACACGAAGUGAUUCCACGAGAAUAUGUGAAAGAGGAAGUGAUCAAAGUGCGUCGAAGUGAUCUCGCCUCUAUAGACACAAGAAAGGGCGUGGCACAGCAAAUCGACAGCGUUGAUGGCAGCCAGCAGUUUCAGGACGAAGAAAGGACUAAAACCAGAGAAACAACGAGACGUGAUAUGAAAGAAACUUCAAAACAUCAAGUGGAAAAAGCAACGACAAAUCUUGGCACAUGGCGAACAGAAGAGUUCGAGUUGGCUCCCGAAGAAUCAAAAAAAUUGGAUGAAAGAGUGACAAAAUAUAAAGAAGGAUUGGAAAGAUCUCGCAAGAUAAAAAGGAUUGAAGCACCAAGACCACAAAAUAUUGAUCGCAUCGAGUUUAAGGGGUUUGGCCAAGACGAGGCAGAAGAGCCAAGGUACACGAAGGAUUUAAAAAUUGGAAGUAUUCUAAUUGAAGAAUAUCCUGAAGAAAGCCGAGAUACUUCCAAAUCUGAAGUACUCGGAAUAAAACACGUCGCACAGUAUCCAAAAGACUUCGAUGUUGGCCGCCUUAUGAUUGAAGAAUUCUCAGAGGAAAAGAAAGAAAUACGUGACGUUAACAAAAUUGAAAAGGUACAAAAGAGUGUCGAAGUCUCACUAACCAGACAUGAAGAAGAAGAAGAUCUCUCUGGUGAUUUUAUCAAACAUGAAGUCAUAAAAAUCGGAAAACUUGACGUAACUUGUCAGGAAAAGCGCUUCUCGCAGCUCAAAUAUGAAGAGGAAAGAGCCAAGACAUACGCAGAUGAUGCGCGAAAGCCCGACGGAAAGGCGAUUGAUGAAUACGUCAUUCAAGAAAAAGCACCUGUCGAAAGAAAACGAAUAAACCGCAAACACCAUUUAAAAAAACAGAGAGAAGAGAAGCAUGAAUAUGUUGAUAAACUGGAUGUUGGACGUAUUAUGAUUGAAGAAACUCUUGAAAAAACGGAGGAGAGGUCAACAGAUUUGGAGAAAGAAAAAGCGAGACCGAAAACUAUUGAUGCGACUUUGACAGGCCAGGAGUUUGAGAAGACUCCGAGAGAACCGAUCAAGGAAGGCAUCAAAGUUGGUAAACUUGAUGUAACUGAUUUUGAAAAACACUCUUUGGUACCAAUCACUCCAAAAGAACGAAUUAUGAGUUAUGAUGACAAAAUACAGACGGUAGACACCGUUGAGAGAGUAGCUAUCCAUAGUGAUAAUAUGACAGAAAGAGAACAAGAAAAACCAAGAUACUCUAGAGAUCUUGACAUCGGUCGUAUUGUAAUUGACGAAACUAGUGGACAAAAAGAAGAAAUUCCAAAGCGUGAAGUAAUUCAAUCAAAGAGCACGGAAGUAAAAUUCACACAACGCGAAGUUGAAACCCAAAAAAAGGAGAAGCAUAAAUAUGUCAAUAAACUGGAUGUUGGACGUAUUGUGAUUGAAGAAACACUUGAAAAAACGGAGGAGAGGCCAACAGAUUCAAAGAAAGAAAAAGUGAGACCAAAAAGUAUUGAGGUGACUUUGACAGGCCAGGAGUUUGAGAAGACUCCGAAAGAACCGAUCAAGGAAAGCAUUAAAGUUGGUAAACUUGAUGUAACUGAUUUUGAAAAACAGUCUUUGGCACCAAUCACUCCAAGAGAACGAAUUAUGAGUUAUGAUAACAAAAUAAAGACCGUAGAUACCAUUGAGAGAGUAGCUAUCCAUAGUGAUGAUAUGACAGAAAGAGAACAAGAAAAACCAAAAUACUCUAGAGAUCUUGACAUCGGUCGUAUUGUAAUCGAAGAAACUUGUGGACCGAAAGAAGAAAUUCCAAAGCGUGAAAUGAUUCAACAAAAGAGCACGGAAGUAAAAUUCACACAACUUGAGGUCGAGAAACAAAGAGUAGAGGAGCAUAAAUAUGUUAAUAAACUGGAUGUUGGACGUAUUGUGAUUGAAGAAACUUUUGAAAAAACGGAAGAGAGUCCAACAGAUUCAAAGAAAGAAAAAGUCAGACCGAAAAGUAUUGAGGUGACUUUGACAGGCCAGGAGUUUGAGAAUAUUCCGAGAAAACCGAUCAAGGAAGGCAUCAAAGUUGGUAAACUUGAUGUAACUGAUUUUGAAGAACAGUCUUUGGUACCAAUCACUCCAAGAGAACGAAUUAUGAGUUAUGAUGACAAAAUAAAGACCGUAGAUACCGUUGAGAGAGUAGCUAUCAAUAGUGAUGAUAUGACAGAAAGAAUAGAACAAGAAAAACCAAGAUACUCUAAAGAUCUUGACAUCGGUCGUAUUGUAAUUGACGAAACUUGUGGACAGAAAGAAGAAAUUCCAAAGCGUGAAGUAAUUCAACCAAAGAGCACGGAAGUAAAAUUCACACAACUUGAGGUUGAAACCAAAAAAGAAGAGGAGCAUAAAUAUGUUGAUAAACUGGAUGUUGGACGUAUUAUGAUUGAAGAAACUCUUGAAAAAACGGAGGAGAGGCCAACAGAUUUGAAGAAAGAAAAAGUGAGACCGAAAAGUAUUGAGGUGACUUUGACAAGCCAGGAGUUUGAGAAGAUUCCGAGAGAACCGAUCAAACAAGGCAUCAAAGUUGGUAAACUUGAUGUAAUUGAUUUUGAAAAACAGUCUUUGGCACCAAUCACUCCAAGGGAACAAAUUAUGAGUUAUGAUAACAAAAUACAGACGGUAGAUACCGUUGAGAGAGUAGCUAUCCAUAGUGAUGAUAUGACAGAAAGAAGAGAACAAGAAAAACCAAGAUACUCUAGAGAUCUUGACAUCGGUCGUAUUGUAAUUGACGAAACUUGUGGACCGAAAGAAGAAAUUCCAAAGCGUGAAGUAAUUCAACCAAAGAGCACGGAAGUAAAAUUCACACGCGAGAUUGAAACCCAAAAAAAGGAGAAGCAUAAAUAUGUCAAUAAACUGGAUGUUGGACGUAUUGUGAUUGAAGAGACUUUUGAAAAAACGGAAGAGAGGCCAACAGAUUCAAAGAAAGAAAAAGUCAGACCGAAAAGUAUUGAAGUGACUUUGACAAGCCAGGAGUUUGAGAAGAUUCCGAGAAAACCGAUCAAGGAAAGCAUCAAAGUUGGUAAACUUGAUGUAAUUGAUUUUGAAAAACAGUCUUUGGCACCAAUCACUCCAAGGAAACAAAUUAUGAGUUAUGAUAACAAAAUACAGACGGUAGACACCGUUGAGAGAGUAGCUAUCCAUAGUGAUGAUAUGACAGAAAGAAGACAAGAUAAACCAAGAUACUCUAGAGAUCUUGACAUCGGUCGUAUUGUAAUCGACGAAACUUGUGGACAGAAAGAAAUUCCAAAGCGUGAAGUGAUUCAACCAAAGAGCACGGAAUUAAGAUUCACACAACUUGAGGUUGAAAAACAAAGGGAAGACAAGCAUAAAUAUGUCAAUAAACUGGAUGUUGGACGUAUUGUGAUUGAAGAAACACUUGAAAAAAGGGAGGAGACACCAACAGAUGCAAAGAAAGAAAACGUGAGACCGAAAAGUAUUGUGGUGACUUUGACAGGCCAGGAGUUUGAGAAGGUUCCGAGAGAACCGAUCAAGGAAAGCAUCAAAGUUGGUAAACUUGAUGUAACUGAUUUUGAAAAACGGUCUUUGGUACCAAUCACUCCAAGGGAACGAAUUAUGAGUUAUGAUAACAAAAUACAGACGGUAGACACUGUUGAGAAAGUAGCUAUCCAUAGUGAUGAUAUGACAGAAAGAAGAGAACAAGAAAAACCAAGAUACUCUAGAGAUCUUGACAUCGGUCGUAUUGUAAUUGACGAAACUAGUGGACCGAAAGAAGAAAUUCCAAAGCGUGAAGUAAUUCAACCAAAGAGCACGGAAGCAAGAUUCACACAACUUGAUGUUGAAAAACAAAGGGAAGAGAAGCAUAAAUAUGUGAAUAAACUGGAUGUUGGACGUAUUGUGAUUGAAGAAACGGAGACCUGGACGGAUUUAAAGAAAGAAAAAGUGAGACCGAAAAGUAUUGAGGUGACUUUGACAGACACAAAGUCUGAAGAUGUUUGCAAGGGUGGAACGAAGGAAGACGUGCUCCAAAUUGCUAAAUUUGAUCUGGAAAAGAAAUUUUUUGAUGCAAAAGCUGUUAAGGAAAGAAUAAAAAGUUACGUUGACGAGCAACCCGUGCAUGCAACUAUAGAGAAAGUAAUGGUAAUGCCAAAAUAUCUCAACGAUCGUAUUGUAGUUGAAGAGGUUCCCGAAAAGAAAAAAGAAAUGGACAGAUCCCCUAUGCAAGAGAUUUCUAAAGUAGGAUCUAAACGUAAUGUCCCUAAAGUAGAAAAAAUAAACGUUACUGAAAUCGAAGAAAAAGCCAUGGAAUCUGAAACUGUUGACAAAAUAGUAUGUGAUCGAAUUGAUGUAAUUCAAAAGCCUAGUUACAACCAGCAAGAGAAAAUUGUCACCAGUCAACGAGUGACUGAUACUAGACUACAAGAGAACAUUACAAACGUUGGAAGACUUGAUCUUCACGGCCUCGGGGCGAGACAGGUGGAACCAGGACAGAAACCAAAAAAAAGUUUUAAAGAGAUUGAAAGUGUUAAAUGGUCACGAAAGGCAUGUUAAAAAAAUUCAGAGGAUCUAAAACAAUGAACACAAUAUUU